GUUCGAUCGGGCGGGAUCCACGUGGGCCUUACAAACAGCCCAUCCUUAUCUUCAUCUGGAACCACUUCUAUCCUCUCGUUUCUUCUUCCACGAAGCGGCCAUGCCCGAGCAAAUCCCCUCCUCUUUCUCCUCUCUCGGCGAGGCCACAGCAAAUCCCCUGCUCUUUCUCUCCCCCGGCGAGGUCACAACACAAUUGGCGAGAGGGUGGAGCUGCAACGUCUUCCUGGCGACCAGAAGGCAGCUGCAACCAUGGAUUGGGGAGCUGCAAACGAUGCUCAGAAGAGUUGCAUCCGGAGUCUACGGGAGCCCCGACUGCUACGGCGAGCUGCAACCGUGGAUAGCGGGAAGCUGGAAUAGGCAUCCAAAGGAGCUGCAACCGGCGUCCUUGGGAGCUGCAGACGAUGAGCGGCGACUAGCUUCAGGCUAUGGCGGCGGUGCGGCCAUGGAACGGACGACACAGGUGCUGCGAGCUGGAACCGGCGCACGCCGGAGCUGCGGCCACCGCCAUCGGAGCUGUGGCCGCCGCCAUGGGAAGCUACAAGUACGGGACACGUUGCUGCAUGCACGGAACUGGCGAGAAACACAGGAGUCCGACAACGGCGAGGGGCGGCGGCCGGCGGCGAGGGGUGGCGACCGGCGAGAUGAGUCGGGCGGUGCUUCUAGGGCAGGCGCAUCGUUCGUCCACGGCGCGAUGGGGAUGUUUCCUAGAGAAGAAGACACAGGGGAAGAAGGAAAAAGAUCGGGCGGCUCUAAUUUUCUGAAUCGCACGGUGCUGAUGUGACCGGCCCAAAUUUGGGCCGGUGCGCCGGCGCCUAGCACCCGCCUAUUCAAAUCAGGGGAAAUAUGAGUAGAUCAAUCGUAGCACCUUCAGAUUUGGUACAUCUUUUUUAUUAUGUUCAUGUAGUGCUGCU